AUGUUCGUCAAGCAGAUCAUCAUCCAAGGCUUCAAGUCCUACAAGGACCAGACAGUUGUCGAACCCUUCUCGCCCGCCCACAAUGUCAUCGUCGGCCGCAAUGGAUCUGGGAAGAGUAACUUCUUCGCCGCCAUUCGAUUCGUGCUCAGCGAUCAAUACACGCAGAUGGGACGAGAAGAUCGACAACAACUCCUCCACGAAGGCCAUGGCGCGGCAGUGAUGAGCGCGUACGUGGAGAUCAUCUUCGACAACAGCGAUGGCCGCUUUCCCACAGACACGCCUGAGGUUGUCCUUCGGCGCACGAUCGGACAGAAGAAGGAUGAGUAUAGCUUGAACCGCAAGAACACGACCAAGCAGGAGGUCAUGAAUAUGCUGGAGACGGCUGGCUUUAGUCGAAGCAAUCCCUACUACAUUGUACCACAAGGACGAAUUACACAGUUGACGAACGCGAAAGAUGCCGAGAGGUUGGAGAUCUUGAAGCAGGUCGCUGGUACUACGACCUACGAUCAACGCCGCACGGAGAGCAUGAAGCUCAUGGAGGACACGCAGCAUAAGCGUAGCAGAGUCGAUGAGACGCUAGACCACAUUCGCGGAAGAUUGGAGGAGCUCGAGGAGGAGAAGGAGGAGUUGCGUGCUUUUCAAGAAAGGGACCGUGAGAGGAGAUGUCUAGAGCAUUGUAUUCAUCGCCAAGAUCAACAAGCUCUACAAGAUGCUCUCGACAAGCUGGAAGAAGACCGCGAGGGUGGUAAUGAACAGACGGAAGAGGAUCGUGAGGCAUUAGACCGCUGCCAAGUCGAGCUUGAGGACAUCGAAACCGAAAUCAGCGACCUCCAGACGCAGAUCAAACAAUUGUCGGACGAACGUACAGCACUUGAGGACGAUCGUAAGGAUGGUGCGAAGCAGAAGGCCGCAGUGGAGCUGGAUGUUCAGACCAUGUCCGAUAACCAGGCUACAUCAAAGCAAGUACGCACACAACAUACUGCAGAUCUGCGCAGCGUUCGGGAGCAGAUCGCCCAACGUGAGGCCGAGCUUGCCCAGAUCGUGCCACAGUACAAUGACAAGAAGCUCGAGGAGCGUGCUCUGAAGCAGCAGAUCACAGAUGCCGAAGCCACACUUCAACGGCUCUACAACAAGCAGAAUCGUCAGAAUCAGUUCAAAAACAAACGCGAUCGCGAUCAAUGGCUGCGUACUCAGAUCGAGGAGAUCAACAACAUGCUUGGCCAACGCAGAGCUGUCGCCAUGGGCCAUCGUGAAAACAUCGAUGAGCUCGAAGGACAGAUACAGCAAUUGGAGAAGGAGAUUGCCGACCGUCGCCAGCGCAUCGAGAACCGUGGCGAUGAGCAGCAGACCAUCGCUGGUGAAGUGACUCGUGCGAAAGAAGAGCGCGAUCGUCUUCAUGACGAGCGUAAAGAGCUGUGGCGGGAGCAAGCAAAGCUUGACUCUGUCAUCGAGCGAGCCAAGGAGGAGCAUGAAAAGGCUGAGCAGUUCUUGAGUCGCAUGAUGGACCAAGCUACAAGUCGUGGACUAAAGAAUGUGCGUCGCAUUAUCCGCGAGCACAACGUUCAGAGCACCUACGGCCCGCUCGGCGAGCUCUUCGACUUCAACGACAAGUACAAGACUGCUGUCGAAGUCACUGCCGGCACAUCUUUGUUCAACUAUGUCGUUGACACUGAUGAGACGGCUUCACGACUGAUCGAGAUCAUGAAGAAGGAGAACGCUGGACGACUAACUUUCAUCCCGCUCAAUCGCAUCAGAGUACGCAACGUGGACAUUCCCAAAGCCAGUGAUGCCGUACACCUCGUCACCAAGCUGAAGUACAAUCCGCUUUACGAUCCUGCUUUCCAACAAGUCUUUGGCAAGACAAUCGUAUGCCCGAACAUCCAGGUCGCCUCACAGUAUGCACGCUCUCAUCACCUCACCGCCAUCACGCCGGAUGGUGACCGCUCGGACAAGAAGGGUGCUUUGACUGGUGGCUGGCAUGAUCCCAAAAGCUCUCGCACGGUCGCCAUCAAGCGCGAGAAGCUGGCUCGCGAGGAGUACGAGCAACACGCUAGCCGAAAGCAUGAGGUUGAGCGUGAGAUUGACGCGAUCAUGCAGCGGGUCACCAAAGCCAUGAGUGACCUGCAGAAGGUUGAACAAAGGCGCACCCAGCUUGAGAACGGGUAUGGACCCCAGCGCGACGAGCUUCGACAUAUUGAAAGCACGCUCCACUCCAAGUGCGAUGAGCUUGAUGGCAAGCAGCGUCAACGUGACACUGUGGAGGAGAACAUUCGCAUCCAGAGCGAACAAUUGGCUGGUUACGAGAACGAGAUGAACAGUGACUUUAAGAAAGCUCUGACAAAUGAUGAGGAGCAGCAGCUAGAGACUCUGAACGUGGAGCUGCCGGACUUGCGCAAGCAGUUCAAUGCCAUUAGCAGCGAGCGAUCGGGGCUUGAAGGUCAGAAGACCACGCUCGAGCUCGAGCUACGGGAUAAUUUGCGCCUUCGUCUCGAUCAACUGUUUGCGGAUGACGCAGAGGACGACGUCAGUAGUGCUGGCAACACUGAUGCGCGUCUGAAGGAGCGGCAGAGGGAUCUCAAGCGCGCGACUCAGAACCUCAGUACCAUACAAGAGAAGCUCAACGAGAACGAAGUAGCCUUGGAGGAAGCGCAGCAAUCUUUGCAGACCGCCGAAGCAUCUCGCACGACCAAGGCGAAGCAGAUUGAGGAUCUCACCUGUGCUAUUCGCAACCACCAGAAAUCCGUGGAGAAAGGAGCCCAGAAGCGUGCAGCGCUCAAUAAUCGUCUGCAGGAAGUCAACACCCAAGUCCGCAACCUAGGCGCCUUACCAGACGUCGCGUUCAAAGCCCCCUACACCGCCAUGCCGGCCAAUAAAGCGACGAAUCUGCUCCACAAAGUCCAGGAUGCGCUGAAGAAGUACAGCCAUGUCAACAAGAAGGCCUUUGAGCAAUUUGCGAGUUUCGAGAAGCAGAGGGAGAUGCUGGAGGGGAGGCAGACGGAGAUCGAGACCUCGGCUACUGCUAUCAAUGACCUGAUCGAGCAUCUGGAUCAUAAGAAAGAUGAGGCGAUCGAACGGACAUUCCGGCAAGUUAGUCGCGAAUUCGCUCGGAUCUUCGAGCGUCUCGUCCCGGCUGGAAAGGGGCGGCUGAUCAUCCAACGCCGUACCGAUCGCGCCACAGCGACCCGAGUAGGAGGUGCCGAAGAUGAAAGUGAAGCUGAAGACGAUCACGCCAACACGGGCGUGGACUCCUACACCGGCGUCGGCAUCUCCGUCUCCUUCAACAGCAAACACGACGACCAACAACGCAUCCAGCAGCUCUCCGGCGGACAGAAAUCCCUCUGCGCCUUGACCCUCAUCUUCGCCAUCCAGGCCUCGGAUCCCGCUCCCUUUUAUCUUUUCGAUGAGAUCGAUGCGAAUCUGGACUCGCAGUACAGGACUGCGGUGGCGGAGAUGUUGAGGGAGAGUGCGAAGGGCGGACAGUUCAUUUGUACGACUUUCAGGCCGGAGAUGUUACUUGUGGCGGAUAAGUGUUAUGGGGUUAGUUAUUUGGGGAAGGCGAGUGGGAUUGAUGUUGUUAGCAGGGAGCAGGCGUUGGAUUUUGUGGAGGGGCAAUUGAGUGGAGGCGGGGGUGGGAAGUGA